UCUUCAACCCAGCACUUCGGAGCAAUCCUACUAUCCCAGCUGUCUACUUAAAUUUGAUCCGCUAGUUACAGGUGUGCCAUCUUGGCUUAGCAUGGUACUUUGAGACAUUGGUCGAGUGUAACUUCUCUCUAUGGUCUAUCGGUGACAAUCUUUGGGAAACUUUGCCUGAAACGACUUCGAGUUUCCAGUUUGAUUUCGGUAUAGGAAAGGAUAUAAGUCGCCUCUGAAUCCCAACGACUAUCCCAAACAUGCCCCAUGCAUCAGAAUCAACCAUGAUGCGCAUAGCUAUCGCCGGAGGAGGUGGGCUUGCCCACAUUCUAGCAGCGCGACUGGCAGAGAGUGCCCAUGCUAUUGUCAUUCUGUCAACAAGGUCACAUACUGAACUCGAAGAAUACGGUUGCCAAGUCAUCGUUGUCGAUUACAAUAACAUGGAGAACUUACGUUUCGCCCUUCGCGGUGUGGAACUCGUUGUCUCUACAGUGUCUGGUCCGGAACAGGUCAAUUUAAUCGACGCCGCACGAAGAGCCCAUGUUAGUCGUUUCGUACCUGCAGAGUUCGAAGGCCCUUUAUCUCAACGUCCCAUCGAUGACCCAAUCGACAACGGCUCGUCAACGGCUCUCGAGUUCUUAGGGCGUUGCGCCGCUUCAAGAUCAAGGCCCAUGCGAUUCACCGUAUUCACCUGCGGUGUCUUCUAUGAACGUUUUGCGGCAGGAGGCCUUGCAGCUUUGAAUAUAGGUGCCAGUCUUGGUAUUCAGAACCAGGGAGACUACAUGUUGAACAUCGCCGAAGGUAUCGCAGAAAUACCUCGAACGAACGCACAAGGACGGCCUGUGCAUGUCACCAUGAUAUCAGUAUACGAUGUCGCCCUCUUUGUCGCUGCAGCUAUCGACCUUGGCAUAGACACUUGGCCAAACGAAUUCAAGAUGCGGGGAGCUCACCUUACUACAGAGCGUCUAGUCGAGAUAUGUCAAGAAGUAACAGGAGUUCAACUCGAAGUUGUGUCCAGGCCCUAUCAAGAGCUCUACGACUGGCUCAAUUACUUCGAGGGGAGCCAAAAUGUAAAUGGUUGGCGUAAGAUGCAGCAGCUCAUACAGACUGCCAAUGGUCGUUACUCGUUCAGUGAUGCAAAUUUGAACGACCUGGUCAGCCUGAGACCCAUGGGCAUUCGAACCUGGCUACAGAACAACUGGGCCCGUGUUGGAUCUUGACUUCUCUCAAUCACAUUUCGAAACUAUCAAGUUCCGGUUACCUGGUCACCCCUGUCGUAGCUUGUAAGACGCAGAUGGCCGAUACACAACUGACAACCACUACACAAUAAAU